AGCACCGAAGUGAUGGAAAAGAGGAGCAAUGUGACCGAAUUCAUUCUCUUGGGACUUGCCCAGAAUCCAGAGUCACAGAAACUUUUAUUUGUUUUGUUCCUGAUCAUCUACCUGGUAACUCUUUUGGGAAACCUGCUUGUGGCCAUAACCAUCGAGGCCAGCCAGAACCUCAGCUCCCCUAUGUACUACUUCCUCUCAUACUUAUCUUUCAUAGAUGCCUUCUACUCCUCUUCCACUACUCCCAAAAUGAUUGUAGACAGCCUGUCGGCCAGGAAAGUCAUCUCCUAUGAUGGUUGUAUGGUCCAGCUCUUUGUAUCACACUUCUUUGGAGGGACAGAGGUCAUCCUUCUCAUUGUGAUGGCCUAUGACCGUUACGUGGCCAUCUGCAAACCCCUGCACUAUUUGAUCAUCAUGAACCGGAAGGUGUGUGCCCUACUGGUGGGGGUGGCCUGGGUAGUGGGCUUCUUUCAUUCAGUAAUUCAGGUUCUCUUCCUCUUCCGGCUGCCCUUCUGUGGUCCCAAUGUCAUUAAUCAUUUUCUCUGUGACAUGUACCCUUUGUUGGAACUCGCCUGCACAGACACCUACAUUGUGGGCCUGUCGGUGGCCGCCAAUGGCGGCCUGAUCUGCACAAUCUGUUUCCUCAUGUUGGUCGUCUCUUACAUGGUCAUCUUGAACUCCCUAAAAAGUUAUACUUUGAAGAUAAGGCAAAAAGCCCUCUCCACAUGUGGCUCUCACGUCACGGUCGUCUUGCUGUUCUUCAUUCCCUGUAUCUUCAUCUACAUGAGACCUGCCUCCACCUUCUCCAUAGAUAAAGCAGUGGCCGUAUUCUAUGUUUUCAUUACUCCCAUGUUAAACCCCUUGAUCUACACCGUGAGAAAUGCGGAGGUGAAAAAUGCCAUGAGGAAGUUAUGGAGCCAAAUAAUGACUUCAGGAGAGAAGUGA